AUGAUCGACUUCACUACCAGAGGACCCUAUCAGAAAUACUCCGAAGAGCUCAAAGCCUACCGGCAAGGAUAUGCGUUAUUUGACCCCCAACCUGAUUCUACGAGGCAGCCCCCUCGUCCAGUUGAGAUAGGCGAUGUGGGAUACAUCAAACCUGUACAAGGGUACUUUGUGCGCCUAUUCAACAUACACCUCGAGCCUGGUUCCGAUGGACAGCCCUCGCGCGAUCAGCUUCCUGAUCACUUUCAAGCGGUUCCCAAAGGCGAAGUAAGAAGCACUCCGAAGCAUGGGAUGCACCUUUUCGCUUCCGAAACAGUGAGCGCCCCGGAAGUUAACGUGCAGGUGCCAGCAGGACCGUUCUUCGGAGGAUUCGCCCAGUUCACGGCUACCAGCAAGCACGGCGCCAUUCUGGCGACACCGGAUCCGCUCAUACUCUCUAUGGAUGCCAUCAACGAUAAGGACUAUGACGACUAUCUCAAGACCAACAUACGGGAUUUGACACAAUACCUCGCUCAGAAAGUGCGCAGCAGAGUUACAAUAGGUGCCUUGCUUCUCAUUACCGGUGUCGAUCGCACCACGUCUUGGGCCAAUGCCGUUUGGAGUGACGCAUCACUCAAAGUAGGGUUCGGUCUGGAAGUCCAGUUCGCCGCAAGUGCCGAAGUAGCUUGUCGAUAUGCCUGGCGCAACUCGGUGGGGGCGAUCACUAAAUUUGGUCCCAAUUCCACGACCUCUAACUUUUCGGGGGCUUCGGCUAUGUUCCCUGCCCACGAUAUCCGGGCCGACUCACGCUUGAGCAUCGCUGGUCAGCGAGAGACCGAGCGGCAUCCUCUGAAUUCGACGCUCGACCAGACCAUAUUCAUCCGAUACAACCGUGGCAAAAGUAACCUGUGGGAUAAAUUACCGAGGAGAAAAGAGGCAGCAACGCAACCCAUGGACGUCGAAGAAACCGCUGCAGUCUCUGACGGAGAUCCGGUCGUGUUACGGAGUGCAAGAACAAACGGCAGUAACGAAGACGACGGCCACAUGACGACGAAUGAUGACGCAGAUGCGCCCCAUGAAGUUAACAUAGUCUCUUCCCCUGAGUAUGAAGAAUUCUCCGAUCAUCUGGAUAUAGUUCUCGACCAUAUCCUGAAGAGAAGUGGAGCUGACAUGGCCAUCGCAAGUCACAAAGAUUUGCGGGCCUUGGAGGAUGACCCUACCCUUACCGACAUAUUUCGCUGUGUCGUUGAAAAUGGGAUCGGAAUGAUCUUAACCACAAAUACCUUUACACGAGCGGUUUCGAGCUCUCUAACUGAAGACGCUGAGAUGACAUAUGUAGCGAGUCCUACAGCAUUUGGCAGUGAUAUUGACACGGAGGUCAAUACGUCCGAACCUUCCUCCCCCAAGGCAAUAGCUUCCGAAUUGACGGCGAGUCAAGCGCCUUCCUCCGCCCAGGCUGAUGGAGGCUUGUCUCUGAGAAGAUCAGCACCUCUAAUCAAUGCCCCCCGUGACACGAGCGACGGGCUGGCCGAUACUAACGAAUACUUGAGGGAGGGAUACCUCGCACUCUCGUUUGGGCCCGCAGACGCUGUCAAGCUCUUCAAUAAGUUUGUGGGAAUCAAGGACUUUAGUCGUCCUCCUGGAGGGAUAAAGAAAUUCCAGGACGCUACAUACCGCUUUGGCGGACGCACCGACGUUGUCCUAGACUACACUCGUGACUUAAAGGGCACUAUCGUGUCCCAGAGCAUGUGGCAGCCUCUGCAGACCGGAGAUGUACAUCGCCACUUCCGAGAUGCUACAUUACUUUUCCCUGUUUUCUUCAUCAGCCUCGACUUUACGAUAGGCGUCGACUUGGCGCAUGUUUCCAAUGUUCGCCCGGGAACUACGAUGAACAUCUUUCACGCGAACGCGCCCGCGCCUCUGGGAAACAUGGCUACAACUCACCUGUGUAUCAAGUGGCCAGGCUAUGCGCAGAACUUCCGCAAACAGGUCGAAAUCCAGGAUGCCAAUAGGGCGCCGAUCACGAUGUCAAAGCUGGUGGAACGCAUCUGUAGUUUCGUUUCGCGGUUCAUCGAGGAGGCCUCUAACUGGCCCAUUGAUAUCAGGAGCGCUCACUGGCGUGUCGGUCGAGGGUUCAUCACUAAGGAGAGCUUGUACGUAGUUGGGCUGGUUCACGUGUCGGCCGGCUGCUGGCAACCUAUAAUACAGCUCAAAGGCGUACAUUACAUCUAG